AUGGCCCAGCACGAGCUCAAGGACUUUUACCCCGCUGUAGCGCCGUUGAUAAAUAUAACUAUCUUUGAUGUCGCCUCACAUAUCCUGGGCUCCUACGACAAGAAGCUGUACGAGUAUGCGACCGAGAAAAUGGUGAAGCGAGGUGUGCGUGUCGCCACCAACACUGUCAUCCAGAAGGUCGACCGCACAACUCUGCACCUCAAGGGUCAAGAUUCCGUGCCCUACGGCAUAUUGCUCUGGGUCGCGGGCAACAAGUCCAUUCCCUUCGUCGACACACUGAACGUGAAAAAGACGGAACGCGGACUCGUGCGCAUAUUGACCGACGCCAGACUUCGUGUCCAGAAAGGCGACCAGGAAACUCCCGACGUCUAUGCCAAUGUUUUCGCUCUCGGCGACGCCGCAGACAUUGAAGGCCAGUCUUUGCCAACUACUGCCGAGGUGGCCGUCCAGAAGGCCAAGUACUUGGUCCGGCAGUUGAACCGACGCCAUGAGAACAGCCAGCCUUUCGUCUUUAGCAGUAAGCGACUGGUGACAUACAUUGGGGCCCACGAUGGGAUCAUUCAGGGAUCGGCAGCAGGCGAGCCGUUGUCCGGCCAAAAGGCCUGGCUGAGCUGGAGAUCCGGCAGCUGGACUUGGACCAGAACAUGGCGGAAUUGGGUUGGUCUCUUCUGGGCCAUGGUAAUGAAUUUCCUGUUCGGCAGAGAUGUGAUGAGACUAUGA